CGGCGCAUGCGUGCGGGGCGGUCCGGGCCAGGCCUAUAUAUUGAGUUGGCGCCGGCGCCAGCUGAGCCGAGCUGUGGAGGGUCUGGCGGUGAGGAGAGGUUUCAUAGUCCUCAAAGAAGAGAAUGUCAAGACGCAGUAGCCGUUUACAAGCUAAGCAGCAGCAUGCCCAGCCCAACCAGCCAGACUCUCCCCAAGAAGCACAGAUAAUUCAGGCCAAGAAGAGAAAAACAGCACAGGAUGUCAAAAAAAGAAAAGAGGAGAUCACCAAGAAGCACCAGUAUGAGAUUAGGAAUUGUUGGCCACCUGUACUGUCUGGAGGAAUCAGCCCUUGCAUUAUCAUUGAAACACCCCAUAAAGAAAUAGGAACAAGUGACUUCUCUAGAUUUACAAAUUACAGAUUUAAAAAUCUUUUUAUUAAUCCCUCACCUCUACCAGAUUUAAGCUGGGCAUGCUCACAGGAGGUUUGGCAAAACAUGUUACAAAAGGAAAACAGAUAUGUGCAUGACAAACACUUUGAAGUUCUGCAUUCUGACCUGGAACCACAGAUGAGGUCAAUACUUUUAGACUGGCUUUUAGAGGUCUGCGAAGUAUACACUCUUCAUAGAGAGACAUUUUACCUUGCGCAAGACUUUUUUGACAGAUUUAUGUUGACACAAAAGGAUGUAAAUAAAAAUAUGCUUCAACUCAUUGGGAUUACCUCAUUGUUCAUUGCUUCCAAACUUGAGGAAAUCUACGCUCCCAAACUCCAAGAGUUUGCUUAUGUCACUGAUGGUGCUUGCAGUGAAGUAGAUAUCUUAAAGAUGGAACUCAAUAUAUUAAAGGCUUUAAAAUGGGAACUUUGUCCGGUAACAGUCAUCUCCUGGUUGAAUCUUUUUCUCCAAGUUGAUGCUGUUAAAGAUGUUCCUAAGGUUCUUCUACCUCAGUAUUCUCAGGAGAUGUUCAUCCAGAUAGCCCAGCUUUUAGAUCUGUGCAUUUUAGCCAUCGACUCUUUAGAAUUUCAAUACAGAAUUCUGGCGGCCGCUGCCUUAUGCCAUUUUACCUCCAUUGAAGUGGUUAAGAAAGCUUCAGGUUUGGAGUGGGAUGACAUCUCGGAAUGUGUAGACUGGAUGGUGCCUUUUGUCAGUGUUGUAAAAAGUGUAAGUCCAGUAAAGCUGAAGACUUUUAAGAAGAUAGCCAUGGAAGACAGACACAAUAUCCAGACACACACAAAUUAUUUGGCUUUGCUGAAUGAAGUAAACUAUGUGAAUAUCUUCAGAAAAGGAGGGCAGCUGUCACCAGUGUGUAAUGGAGGCAUUAUGACACCACCGAAGAGUACGGAAAAACCACCAGUAAAACACUGAAGUUAACAAGUUGGAAUUGAACAAAUAAUGGAUAGUUUCAUAUAAAUGAGUUUUACAGGAAAGUAGUGCUGUGACUGUCCUUGUCUAAGGAGUUACACUGCCAUUCUUUUAUUUAAAAACUAUGUCAAUUUGGCACUAAAUGCCUAGGAUGCACAGAAUCCUGGGUUCAUUCCCUGGCACUACAAAAGAAAAAAACAAAAACUUCAAAAAAUUGGCACUAAAGAAAUAUUUCCUAUAAAAGAGAACUUGUUUACAAAGGUGACUUCACUCCCAAGGAUAGUGGAUGGAAGCCAACAACAAUUUAUGCUAUAGCAAUUGUUUCUGUUUGUUACUGUGUUUCUUUAAAAUCCAGUGUUACUGUGUUUCUUUUGAUGAACUAGGAAUUUUAUCAUUGGAAUAUGGACUAGACUAGUGCUACCUUAAAGGAUACAUUAGCUGACACGGAACUUUGAAUCUAGAUUUUAUAUUCUUAAAUUCCUAUACUCCUGAAUGGUGCAAUUUGUUUUUUGAAAAUAAAAUUUAGCUUAUUACAAAGAUUGUUUUGUAAUAAAGUGACUAAUUUAUCUAAAGCUGUUUGUAGCAAACAAUGAUAAAACUUGAAUUUUUAUGAAUGGUAAAGUUCAAUCUGUUCUUAACUAGUUUGUUUGCCUUGCCAUAAUAUUUCUUAAUCAGUAAGGCAUUGAACCAAAUGUUUAAACUGUGCUCUAAAUGGGAGAACCAAAGAAAUUAUAAACAAGAUAAAUGCUUUGGCUUCUUCUACUAGGGGGUUUUACUUGAUAAAAUGUUGCUUUAUAAUCUUUUUGUGUAUCACAAUUUGGGUAAAAUUAAACACUUUUUCAAAGUCACUUUAUUGCACUAAGAUAUAUCCCUAAGGCGCUUUAUGUUUGCAGAACUGGUGGUCCAUUUUUAAGCCCCAUAUUAUGAGAUGAGGACUGUGUAGACAUGGUAAGACUUUAACAUAUGACCUAAACUUCUAUUUUCUUAUGGCAGAAAAAUAUUAAAUGUAUACUGACUCUUAGAAAUUUAUUUAUUUAAACUUGCUGUAUAUAGAAUAGCUACUUAUACAUUAAAUAUUUUAAGUUAGCCUUUGAAAAGGAAAUUUGGGCCUAAAAAAAAAGUUAAUGUCAUUAGAAAAAAGUGGUACCAGACUGCCAGAUUACCUUGUCUCUCUUUGAAGAAAUUAAAAACUAUUGUUAAGAUAUGAAGUUUUUGUAAGAUUUUUGUUUAUAAACUAAUUUGUUUCAGUUUGUCUUGGUCUAAAAAGAAAACACCACUAAAUUGUACAUAUGUAUUAUAUAAACUUAAUCUUUUAAUACUGUUUA